CAGCGCUGAGUGGCACAAGCACUCUGUUGAAAUGUGACUGUGCAUUUUAUUUCUUUUUGACAUCUUUCCGUCUUCAACCUUUGCUGAACUCAACUUUUAACACCAUCGGAACAAUGUCUGUAGAGACAAGUACAACAACCAAAAAGGCUGCCAAGCCUAGCCGCAAAGGCAAGAAAGCAUGGAGAAAAAAUGUGGAUGUGACCGAAGUGGAGGAACAACUGCAUGAACUGAGAAGUGAAGAGCGUCUCGGCGGUCCUCUCCAUAAAAAGGCAGACAACGCUCUCUUUUUCACCGAUAAGGCUGGGGAUGCCGAAAUUAAGCGCCGCUACAAACACUCAAAGCUUCGUAUCGAUGAAAUCCUAACGCCGAGUUCCGCACUUUCUGGCGUAACCUCACGAAGCACUGCAAAGUCGACGGUCAAAGUCGAGGUACCUGGCGUGAAAGUGAGACAAGCAUCAAAAACAAACGCGGCUUUGAUUGACCGCUUGGCGAAACGGAAAUUAGAGACUGGUGCUGCGAGCGUGGGAGCUGCUGCAGAGGAGAGGGCCAGGCGACUGGCGGAAAAAAGACGGAAAUUGGCACAGAAGAAGGGAGGUUUUGAUCUGUGGGCAGUCACGGAUGUUGUUGACGAUUCUACUGAAUACCUUGAAGUUACCAAACCGAAGCCCGUGAAAAAACCAAAUCUACCUGUAGAAAAGCCAAUUGCGAUACCUGCUGUGGAACUCACACAUGAGGGUGCAUCUUAUAACCCAAGCUUUGACGACCACCAGCGAGCCCUACGAAAUGCUGUUGAUGAGGAGGUUGCGAAACUGAAGCAAAAGGAGCACACAUUAAAGAAGCUUUCAUAUCCUGCCGAGUUAGAUAAUUUAGAUGAUGAAACCUUCUUUGGUGACUCAGAUGAUGAAGAAGAGAACGGGGAGCAAGAGGACGGAGGUGUGGAGACAGCGGCGGCCACGUCAUCAAAAGAUGAUGGUCUGAGUCAUACCAGAAUGGUGACCGAAGCACGAAAAACGAAGGCACAACGUAACAAGGAACUAAGACGGGCGGCCAAGGAGCGGGAGGCAGAGAAGCAGCGCGAGGAAAAGCUAUUAGCAAAGCAGCUCAAUCGGCUUGGUGAGAUAAACAAGGUAGUAACGCAGCAGGAGCGGGAGCAACAAAGGCAAUUAGAGGAACGAGCAAAAUUGCAGGAAGAGAAGGCUAAGCGGGAGACAAAGCGGUUGGGACCCCAUCUGUUUAAGGCAUUACCAAUGGACGUACAACUGACCGAGGAUCUUCCGGAUUCCCUGCGGGAGUUGAAGCCUGAGGGUAACCUGUUCAAAGAUCGUUUCCUUAGCUUGCAGAAGCGAAGUUUGAUUGAAGCUCGAGUGCCUGUUUCAAAACGCUUGAAAUACAGACGGAAGGAAGUGGAAACGCACGACUAUAAGCGUUUUAAAUAAGAUCUUCGACAUCAUCACUGAUAUCUUGUACAGAAUUGCCCGACUGAUGGGGACUGUUACUUAACUUAUCCACUGCACAUAGAUAAUGCGUUUGGUCGUUAAGGUUUUACUUUUGUACUAUUUUUUUACUGGCGACAAUCUGUCAGAUUAAAUAUAAUCGUCGACAAACCCAAUA